AUGGAUUUGAAAGUAACUCUAUGUUAUGUUGUUCUUUUAUUAUUAUUUUCCCUGUCUUCAGCAGAAGAUGUUAAACUCGAAGUGAAAGGGGUGGCAAGCAUCGCUAACACAGAUGAUAAUUUUAUCUGCGCAACAUUGGACUGGUGGCCUGCUAAUAAGUGUGACUAUGACCAGUGUCCAUGGGGACAAGCAGGCAUUCUCAAUCUGGACUUGGAUAACAAAAUUCUAACAAAUGCUGUCAAGGCAUUUAAUCCCCUGAGGAUCAGAUUAGGUGGCUCACUGGAAGAUCAGAUUGUUUACCAAUUUGGGAAGCAAAAGAAAUGCCCACAUUUCAAAAAGAAGGCUGAUGGUCUUUUUGGUUUCAGCCAAGCCUGCCUUCCCAAAGUGAGAUGGGAUGAAGUAAAUGACUUCUUUAACAAAACUGGAGUGAAAUUAAUUUUUGGGUUGAAUGCUCUCACUGGGAAGAGAAAUUCUGCAGAGGACAAGAAGAACUGGGUUGGAAAUUGGAAUCCAAAAAAUGCAAUAAGUCUCAUGAAGUACACAAUAUCAAAAGGAUACAAAAUAGAUUCAUAUGAAUUGGGAAAUGAGCUAUGUGCUGAGGGGAUAUCAGCCAGAGUAGACAGUGUUGAAUAUGCUAAAGACAUCACUAGGCUCAGACAUAUAGUUAAUCUACUGUACCCAAUUGCUUCUACAAGGCCUAAAGUGCUAGGACCUGGUGGUUUCUAUGGUAAGGAAUGGUUUUCUAGCUUCUUAAUGAAUGUUGGGCCUGGUGUGGUUGAUGGAAUCACUCACCACAUUUACAACCUUGGUGCUGGUGUUGACAAGGAUCUCAUCAAUAGGGUUCAAGACCCAUAUUUAUUGAGCCAAGUUGCUGAAACUUACAAAAGUGUAGCUCAAGCAGUCAAGGAAUUCACACCAUGGGCUGGACCAUGGGUUGGGGAAUCUGGUGGAGCCUAUAACAGUGGUGGCAAAGAUGUGUCAAAUACUUUUGUUAAUGGCUUUUGGUACUUGGAUCAGCUGGGCAUGACAUCAACCUUAAACCACAAGGUUUAUUGUAGACAAACUCUAAUCGGAGGAAACUAUGGUUUGCUAAACACCACAACCUUUAUUCCUAACCCGGAUUAUUAUGGAGCUCUUCUGUGGCAUCGACUUAUGGGAAGCAAAGUGCUUUCUGUUUCUCACGAAGGAUCUCCAUUUCUGCGUACAUAUGCUCAUUGUUCAAAGAAAGGGCCUGGUAUCACUGUGCUACUCAUAAACAUGUCCAAUUCCACAACUUUCAAUGUGUUCCUCAUCAAUGACAUGAAUCUGUACCCAGUCCUGAACACAGUACGAAGUGUACCAAUGAAGAUGAGGGAAGAAUACCAUUUGACACCAAGAGAUGGUAACAUUCAAAGUGAUGUGGUGAUGUUGAAUGGAACUCCAUUGGUGCUGACCAAGUCACUAGACAUUGCAGAAAUGAAACCAAAGCUGGUUGAUCCAUCUUCUUCAAUCAAAGCAGGGCCUGAUUCCAUAGUAUUUGUACAAAUCAAGAGCUUCAAUGCACCAGCAUGCGCAUAAUAUAAAUCGACAAGAAGACAACAAUUUGUACGGUUCUUCAAUGCGCCAGAAUGGAGUUAGCAUGCACAUAAUAUUAAUCAACAACUAGAUAAUAAAAAAAUGAUUUCUUUGUGUUUUCCUUUCGCAAUUGGUUCUUUCUUCUUAUUUCAGCUACCAUGUCCAUACUGUGUAUGUCUGUAUAUGAUUUUCCUUUUGGUUAUUUCCGUGUCUUUAUUAAUAUCUGAUUUAUAUAAAAUUUUAUGUGCAUGAUUGUAGUUAAUAACAGAGUAUUUAAUGCUUAAUAG